CUGUACUGCAUGCAUGCUGCAUGCACUAUGCUCCACCCCUAGGCACUUCAGUUGAGGAACUGUGCAGAGAGACUCUAAACUCGACACGUUUGCAGUACUGACAGCAGUUUAACAUGUCUUCAGCAGGAGUACCGCGUGUGGGAUCACCAACUCUUGAAAGACAUGAGUCUGUGAUUUUAAUGGAGAAAGAUGUUGCUCUAGCUAUAGUUCAGAAUGAUUUGGAGCAGUUGGUAGCACUUGCGGAUCCCAUCAAUCAAAAAAACCUCUCUGAAAAUUUGUUAGGAUUUAAAGAAUUGUUUGGACGCUAUCUUGAAAAUAGGAAUGUUGGAGCAAAAGUUGAAUGGGGAAAGAUAAAGCAACCUCCUGAAGGAGCAGUGAGUGAUCAUGUUACAUUGUAAUUCUUGUUUUGUAGC